UCAUCUCUCUCGGCCUCACCUCACGCAGAUUCGCACAUCGCAGAUUGUUGGCAGUCACCCACUCGCCGUCGCCGUCGCCGUUUACAGAACACCAAUCGCACAUCGUAGAUUCGCAGUCACCGUCGGCCGUCGCCUAUAGCCCACCUUUGCUUCGCCAGUUCCCCCUCUGCUUCCCUUGUUCCCCCAUCGACCAACGUCCUUGCAUCCCCGGUCAAUCAGCUCCCUUGCUAUUCGUGAGUCUGUCCAACCUCAAGGCGUGCGCCGUGCAGUACCACCUCUCCACCGACCAGUAACCAGCGUCAGCAUCUCUACUCUAGCUGGCAGCAUCAUGUCUUUCUCACCGCAGCAAAGAGAAAAGGCUCAAGGGACUGAUGAUGCAUCAUUAGCUACGGAUGGCAAAGGAUUAUCAAGAUAUCUAUGCAAUCAUGGAUCAUUCUUCUAUGGACAAGUCUGAAUUGGAAACUUAUUUAGAAGAACCAAUUUUGAAGCCUGAUAAUUGGAAAGAUUUGGAUGUCUUGAAUUGGUGGAAGAACAAUCAAACUCGGUUCCCAAAUCUUUCAAGGAUGGCAGCUGAUAUUUUGAGCAUUCCAAUCACAACUGUAGCUAGUGAAUUGGCUUUUAGUAUUGGUUCACGUGUUCUUACGAAGUAUAGAAGUUCCAUUCUUCCAACAAACCUUCAGGCUCUCAUUUGUGCUCGUAACUGGUUGCAUGGAUUUGCAUAUAAAGAGAAUGCAUGUGAUAUUGAUGAUGGAGAAGAAAUCAUUGAUAUUUUUAGAAAAGCUAAUUCUACUGUGAACCUCACCGAGCAAAUCAUUGCCACCGCUUGUAGGAUUGCUUCAAGGGUAGCUUUCGACCAGAUGCACGGCAGCCUUAGAAGAAGCAAGGAUGAGGGCUUGUCCUCAGAGAAGGAGGAGUUGAACGCAAAAGGCUUCGCCACGUCACUGCUAGUCAUUACAAACACAGAGUUGGAGGGCUAA